GGGCUAUCUCCAUGCCACCUGCUGACAGUGAAGGUCAUCCGGAUGAAAAAUGUGCGGCAGGCCGAUAUGGUGAGCCAGACUGACUGCUAUGUGAGCCUCUGGCUUCCCACUGCCUCUCACAAGAAGAUGAGGACCAGGACCAUCUCCAACUGCCCAAACCCCGAGUGGAAUGAAGCCUUCAACUUCCAGAUCCAGAGCCAAGUAAAGAAUGUGCUGGAGUUGAACGUCUGUGAUGAGGAUGCGGUGACACCAGAUGAUCACCUCUUGACAGUUCUCUAUGACCUCACCAAGCUCUGCUUCAGGAAGACAACCCACGUGAAGUUCCCGCUCAACCCAGAGGGCAUGGAAGAGUUGGAGGUGGAGUUCUUGCUGGAGGAGAGUCCCUCUCCACCUGAGACCCUCGUCACCAAUGGCGUGCUGGUGUCUCGGCAAGUCUCCAGGCUGGAGGUCCAAGCAGAGUCCAGGAAACGGAAGAAGAGAGGAAAAAUGAAGGACCUCUUGGUGACUGUGAGCGAAUCCUUCGAGAACACUCUGCGUGUCCCACCCUGCCGUGAGCUCUGCCACCCAAACCCUGCCUGCUUCCACUACCCCAAGUACUUCCAGCCACGAUUGCAUAUGGAGGUGCCCAAGAGUCACUGGAGCUGUGGGCUUUGCUGCUGCUGCAGUGAGCACAAGAAUGGCCCUGUGUGCCAGCCCCUCGACUGCCUUUGUGAUGACCAGGCGGUGACCAUGCCUGUGGGUAGGAAUUACGAAUUACACAUGAAGACCACACCCUGCCCGGAGACUCUAGAUGUACGGCUUGGCUUCAGCCUGUGCCCAGAGGAGCUGGAGUUUGUGCAGAAGCGAAAGGUGGUGGUGGCCGAGGCACUGAAGCAGGUGCUGCAGCUGGAGGAGGACCUGCAGGCGGAUGAGGUACCGCUGAUAGCCAUCAUGGCCACUGGGGGUGGAACGAGAUCCAUGACCUCCAUGUAUGGCCACCUGCUGGGGCUGCAGAAGCUGAACCUCCUGAACUGUGCCACCUACAUCACUGGCCUGUCAGGGGCCACCUGGACCAUGGCAACCUUGUACCGUGACCCCGAUUGGUCCUCCAAAAACCUGGAGCCUGCUGUCCUUGAGGCCCGGAGACACGUGGUCAAAGACAAGAUGCCCUCUCUGUUCCCGGACCAGCUUCUCAAGUUCCGGGAGGAACUCCGGCAGCGAAGCCAGGAGGGCUACAAGGUUACCUUCACAGACUUCUGGGGCCUGCUGGUGGAAUCCUGUCUGGGGGAUGAGAAAAAUGAAUGCAAACUGUCAGAGCAGCGUGCUGCCUUGUGCCGGGGCCAGAAUCCCCUGCCCAUCUAUCUCACUCUCAAUGUCAAGGAUGGCGUCAGCAACCAGGACUUCAGAGAAUGGUGCGAGUUCUCCCCCUAUGAGGUGGGCCUGCAGAAGUACGGCGCCUACAUCCCCAGUGAGCUCUUCGGCUCCAAAUUCUUCAUGGGACGGCUGAUGCAGAGGAUCCCGGAGUCCCCGAUGUGCUACAUGCUAGGUUUGUGGAGCAGCAUCUUCUCCCUGAACCUGCUUGACGCCUGGAAUCUGUCCCACACCUCAGAGGAUUUUUUCCACAGGUGGACGAGGAGGAAAGUGCAGGACAUCGAAGAUGACCCGCUCCUGCCAGAGAUCCCCAAAUGUGAUGCCAACAUGCUGGAAACAUCAGUAGUGAUCCCAGGGUCAUGGCUGUCCAAUACUUUCCGAGACAUCCUCACCUAUCGGGCCUUCGUGUCAGAAUUCAACAACUUCCUGUCUGGGCUGCAGCUGCACACUGGCUACCUCCAAAACAGCGAAUUCUCCAAGUGGAAAGACACGGUCCUGGAUGGCUUCCCAAACCAGCUGACAACGUCUGCAAACCACUUGUGCCUGCUGGACACGGCAUUCUUCGUCAACUCCAGCUACCCACCCCUGCUCAGGCCAGAGAGGAAAGCCGACCUCAUCAUCCACCUCAACUACUGCGCUGGCUCCCAGACCAAGCCUCUGAAACAGACAUGUGAGUACUGCACCACACAGAACAUCCCCUUCCCCAACUAUGAGAUCCAGGAGCCCGAUGACAGCCUCAAGGAGUGCUACCUGCUGGAGAACCCCCAUGAACCUGAGGCCCCCACUGUGGUCUUCUUCCCACUCAUCAACGACACCUUCCAACAGUACAAGGCACCAGGUGUGGAGCGGAGCCCUGAGGAGUUGGAGCUGGGCCAGGUUGACAUCUAUGGUCCCAACACCCCUUAUGCCACCAAGGAGCUGACCUACACAGAGGCGGCCUUCGACAAGCUGGUGAAGCUUUGUGAGUACAACAUCCUGAACAACAAGGACAAGCUCCUGCAGGCCCUGCAGCUGGCUGUGCAGAAGAAGAAGAAGCUGAAGGGCCCAUGUGCCAGCUGAGCUCUGGCCAGCUCCUCCCUCUGCUGGCUGCACCUGCUGCCGCCACCCCUACCCCAGCUCUGCUCUCUGGUGAGGGAUGUAGGCAGGCUGGCUUGGACUUUCUCAAACAAUUAAAGAAAAAAAAGAGACAGUGAGGAUACCACCAAGGAGCCACGCUUGAUUUCUUUCCAUACGUCUUUGCAGGAAGCAGGGUCUGGUAGUCACAGGCUCCCAUAUGUGCCUCAGGCUGGGGUACAAAGGCUUGACCUAAGACAGAACCCAGAGGUACAGGGAUGAAGUUUGGGGUCCCGUAUCCCAGUUGUAUCCUCUAAUGGCAGCCAAGGGAAAAUGCGGGCAUACUGAAGAUGUGCCCUGAAUUUCUCCAGAAAAGUGUCUUCUCCAUUCUGAGUCACUGUGCUCUCAGGACUUCUCUCAGUCCUUAUGCUGUGUGAUUUGUAUUUCUGUGAAUCUGUAUCACCAGGACGAAUGACACAAGAAGGUCAAGAUGCAGUGCCAGGCAUCCGGCUCUGCACCACUAUGACGGUGGCAGCAUCAGAGCCCCAGAGCUAACAGCUCGUGGGAUCCCAAGUGGGCCACCAGCUCCAAAGCCAAGUCUGCAGCUCAGGCUGACAGCCCAUCGCCCCGGGCUGCCAUAGGGGAGGGCUGAAAAUGGAGCCAGGUGCCAGGUAGGCAAGGCAUUCUCAUGCUGCUGGCCUCAAGGUUCUCUCAGGUUCUCUCACUGCGCCAUCUCUCCGGCUCCCAGGUGGGUC